UCAUGGGUAGCCAGCUGGGAAGCCAGGCGGAAGGACUUUCCACAUUCCAUACAGGAAUACUUCUUCUGGGAGCGACGCACACUUCGGAGGCUGGAUAGCUUCCGUCAUCAUGGUCCUAAAGCCGCCCCGCAGCCGACACCGAACGCAGCGUCUCACAGCGAAACUCAGCCAGUUCUCUCAAACAGACGCUUUAUCGACCGGUUCAAACACAAAUCCAGAACCCCAGUGGAUGCCUUUUUCACCUCAUCAGUGACACUAUAGCAAAGAUAAACGCACAAAGAUGGCCUCUCCCCAACCAGGCAGCCCACCGCUGGCAGAGCAAUACACCCCUCCUUCAACACAGAGUGAGGAAAGCCAACAGGAAGAAGAGGCGGUUAGGGACAAGCCUGCAAGAAAGCGAGGGAGAGGCAGACCCCCAAAAGCCAAGCCCUCCUUCAAAUGCUCUGUGUGUCAAGAGGCUUUCAGGAGUCCCUCAGCCUUACGGAGCCACAAGCUCUCAGCGCACAGUAAGGAAGGCCAGCCGGAGAAGCAACAGCAGCAGCAGCAGCAGCAGCCGCCGCAGCAGCAGCAGCAGCAGCAGGAACAUGCAUGUUCACAGUGUAGUAAAACAUUCUCCAGCAAGGCCCAGCUCUCCAAACAUGAGCGCUCUCACUCAGCCCAGCGGCCCUUUCAGUGUCCUGACUGCCACAAGGCGUACAAAACGCCCACCGAACUACGCAACCACAGCCGUUCCCACACCGGGGAGAAGCCCUUCAUCUGCACGGAGUGUGGAAAGGCCUUCAUGCAGGCCAUUUGUCUGCGGAUUCACAUGACACAGCAUAGCGGGGAGCGCCCCUACUCUUGCCGCCAGUGUGCCAAGAGCUACCCCACCCUGUCCAAGCUGAAGGUGCACAUGCGCUCGCACACGGGUGAGAAGCCCUACUUCUGUGCUGAGUGUGGCAAGAGCUUCGCUGACCCCUCGGUGUUCAGGAAGCACCGGCGCAACCACCAGGGCCACCGGCCGUAUGCCUGUGAGGAGUGUGGGAAAACGUACACAGAGCUGAAAGACCUGAAGAACCAUGAGCGCUCACACACAGGGGAGAAGCCCUACCUGUGCUCUGACUGCGGUAAGGCCUUCUCCCGCUCCUCCUCCCUGGCCUGCCACCAACGCAUCCACUCUCAGAGUAAGCCCUACCAGUGUGAGCAGUGUGGGAAGGGCUUCACUCAGCUGUCCUCCUACCAGUCCCACCUCCGCACCCACUCUGGAGAGAAGCCCUUCCUCUGCCCACAGUGUGGAAAGAUGUUCUCUGACCCCUCUAGCUUCCGCCGUCACCAGAGAGCCCACUUGGGUUUUAAGCCGUACCCUUGCGACAAGUGUUCCAAGAGGUUCCGGCAGCCAGCAGACCUGGCCGUGCAUGAGCGGGUGCACUCCGGUGAGCGGCCCUACAAGUGCCAGAGCUGUGAUAAGGCCUUUGUGGCCUCUUGGGACCUGCGGCGCCACAUGCUCGUGCACACGGGCCUCAGGCCAUUCUCGUGCACAGAGUGCGACAAGUCAUUUGCCGAGCGCUCCAGCCUCAACAAGCAUCGGCGGGUGCACUCUGGCGAGCGCCCGUUCAAAUGUGAGGAAUGCUUCAAGUCAUUUGUAGUCUCAUCAAGCUUGCGCAAACAUGAGAGGACUCACCUGGCCGAGCGCUCUGAACAACAACAGCAACAACAACAACAACAGCAGCAGCAGGGGACAGUCCCUGGGUCCGGAUCAGCACCAGCCUUCCCCGCUCCUACCACCCUGCCCCAGUUCUCCUGUACUCAGUGUGAUGCCACAUUUGGAACCUGGGAUGAAGUGCAGGCCCAUGAGAGUGCUCACACUGUGCUGGACCCCUCUGAUGUUUCCAAAGUUGUUCCCAUGGGCCCUCAUGUCUGUGAGACCUGCCAGGCAGAGUUUGCGCAGCUGGCAGAUUUACAGGAGCAUGAGAAGCAGCACCCCAAGCCAAGGCCUCACAUCUGCGGCAACUGUGGCAAAGGCUUCCUCAACAAGGCUGGACUGCGCAAGCACCAGAAGAUCCACUCGGCCAACAAACCUCACACCUGCCCUCAUUGUGGAAAGGCCUUCUUGUUUGCUGCUUAUCUCCGCAAGCACUUACGGACGCAUCCGCAACACUGUGUGGCGACCCAGAUGACCGACCUGAACAUUAUUCAGCACACGGACCCUCUCCCCUCUCCCCCACCUCCCAUUGAAGUCUCCCCCACCACCAUUGAACCCGGUGCGAUAUCUCUGGCGGUUCCCGUCACUGUGCCCGUCACUGCCUUUCAGACCCUGCCAGAAUAUUUAGUUAAGGAGGAGGGACUCUGAGAUGUUUUCCUGUCCUGGUGUUUUGACAUCAUUGAUAUUUAGCUGUCUGACAAUACAUAGGGAGUCAGUUAAUUCUGAGGUGCUCAGAGCUUUCCUCAUUUUUAAAAGUGUAUCGUCAUGUGACUCUAAAUGUGUUAUUUAUGCUCUUAAUGACUUUUAAUACAAGCAGUAUGUCUGUCACAAAGUGUUCCAAUAAUCAUGUCUUAUUUUUCAUAAACCUUACAUAAAAUGUGUUGUGAAAGUAUGUGCUGAUCGAUAUAAAAUCAUA